GCAUGAAAUUUAACGACAAUUCUAGCCUGAAGAGCCAUAUUUACUUUGAACAUGCCAACAACAGGUGGAAGUGUGAACCAUGCCAGUUAGCCUUCCAGAAAUAUCACCAACUAAGGCAGCAUAAUUACUAUGUGCAUAGCACGAAGGUCCACACAUGCAACUUUUGUGGCAAGACUUACAAGCGCAAGAGCGACCACACUGAACACAUCAAGCGGAAACACAUGGAGAAGGUACCGACGCAGUGCCCCAAGUGUCCGAACUCGUACCUCGACCGAAAGAAGCUGCGGACACACCUCAUGAGGAAGCACGGCGUCCCGUGGGAGGACACGAUCUCGAGGAGGUUCGCGCGCAUCCAGCAGGAGAGCAACUGCCUCAGAGCGAGACCCGGAGCCGUCCACCCUGACUCCUCUUCCGCCUUAUCCAAAAACAGCAAGAACCUCAGAAUCCUGGCUCAAGGGGACCCGGGGCCGCAGCAGGAGGGCGACGCGUCCGAUCCAAGCGACGGCAUCCACCACUACGCCCACGUCGACGAAGAGGACGGGCGAGGAGGCGAGGCGGAGGCGGAGGGGAGAGUGCGGGGGUGGAGGUGGUGGAGGCAGUAGGAAGCAGCCACGUGGAGGCCCUGGCCGAGGAAGCAGGAUACAAUAUCGUGGAGGUGACAGAGGCCCCGGGGACCUCCAUGCCAUGGGGGACAUCAGCUACAUCAUCCUCCAAGCCGGGGAGCACUAGCCUCACGCCCCCUUCCCUCGGAGGGCGGUGGGCUCGCUGGCGGACUUCUAGCCUUUGUUUUCAUGGUAUAAAUACAUAUAAAAAUUCAGUAUAAGUAAUACUUUUGCAAAACUUAACCAGAUAUAUGUUGCUCUGUUUGCUAAAGACGAUACAACCAUGUUAAUCGGAAGUCUAGGCUCAGUCAUCGCAUUCACACCCGUUGCAUGGUGGUAACAGCCAAAGCCAUCUGCGGCGAUAGAUUUAAAAAUCGGUUAACUAGCUGCUGAAUUGACUGGCAGUCUGAGUGCUAGUUGCCGGCUGGUCAGUUGGUGCUUGCGUGCGAUGCGACUUGUUCGUUUGUGCUCAUAGGUCUUCAGCCUGUUAAUCUCGGCUGUGCUAACGGUUGUCUUCAGCGAGAAGGCAUUGAAAUAGCCUAGCGUGCGAUAGUCAGAAUUGAUUUAUUAUUGUUGUUGCGC